UAAAAUCUGUUGUAGAUAAACAUCUUCAAACUCUCAAACAUGAAAAUAAUAAAAAAAAUACAAAUAACUCUAAUUAUUUAAUUCAAAAAACUAUAACUUCAUUAGUUAGAAAUAUUUUAAAUGAAAGAGAAAUAAUAAAUGUUGAAGUUGUUAAGGCUUUUACUUUUGCGAAUAUUCCUUUAGAAAAAAUUAAUGAUAAUUUUUAG